UAGCGAAUUUCCAGUUCCCUGACUGCGCAUGUCGUCACGUAGGUACGUUCCCCUCGGGAGCUAUAAAUAUGGCUGCUUUGAAGCAGUCCGGUCUUUCCAACAACCACAACUUCUCUAUUCUAGAAUUCACUGAAGAUUUCAGAUAACUUAGGCAGGGAGGAGGAACCAUAUUGGACUUCUGGCAGAUGACCUGGUUUUAUUUGGGCUCCUUGAAUUAGGGAGACUUGGACACAAGGAUGCCACCCAAGCGCUUAGCUAAGAGAACAUCACCCCCAGAAGAUGCUGCCCCCAAAAGCAAGAAAAUGAAAGACUCUCAUAACCAAGCAGUGAAGCCCACUGCCUCCCGCAGUGGUCCCAGCACCCACUCCUGCCAAGGUGUCUGAGGACCAAGCCCUCCUGACCAGAAAACCCCAGCAGAUGGCUUCUGCCUGGUGCACACUCUGCACAGCUGCAGUGGCCAUGGCCACACCCCCGGAGAAGGCCCUGGAUGCUAUUGGCUGGCCAGGCCUAUGGGCAGCCUCCACUGGCCAGCACAGGGCCUUGUAGCCCACUGUCUCACACAGGUCUCACCAUACAGAAGCAGGGGUGGUGCUGACUCUGGGCCAGGGAGAUGUGGGCCAGCUGGGGCUGGGUGAGAAUGUGAUGGAGAGGAAGAAGCCAGCCCUGGUGCCCAUUCCAGAGGAGGUGGUUCAGGCUGAGGCUGGGGGCAUGCACACCGUGUGUCUCAGCAAAAGUGGCCAGAUCUACUCCUUUGGCUGCAACGAUGAAGGUGCCCUGGGAAGGGACACAUCGGUGGAAGGCUCAGAGAUGGUCCCCGGAAAAGUGGAAUUGCAAGAGAAGGUGGUACAGGUGUCAGCAGGAGACAGUCAUACAGCAGCCCUCACUGAGGAUGGCCGUGUCUUCCUUUGGGGCUCCUUUCGGGACAAUAACGGUGUCAUUGGGCUGUUGGAACCCAUGAAGAAGAGUAUGGUGCCCGUGCCAGUGGAGCUGGAUGUGCCCGUGGUGAAGGUAGCCUCAGGAAAUGACCACUUGGUAAUGUUGACAGUUGAUGGCGACCUCUACACCUUGGGUUGUGGGGAGCAGGGCCAGCUGGGCCGUGUGCCUGAGUUAUUUGCCAACCGUGGUGGCCGGAAGGGCCUUGAACGACUCCUUGUCCCCAAGUGUGUGAUGCUGAAAUCCAGGGGAAGCCGAGGCUAUGUGAGGUUCCAAGAUGCCUUCUGUGGUGCCUAUUUCACUUUUGUCAUCUCCCGCGAGGGCCACAUAUAUGGCUUUGGCCUUUCCAACUACCACCAGCUUGGAACACCAGGCACAGAAUCAUGCUUCGUACCACAGAACUUGACAUCCUUCAAGAAUUCCACCAAGUCCUGGGUAGGCUUCUCUGGUGGCCAGCACCAUACAGUCUGCAUGGAUUCAGAAGGAAAAGCAUACAGCCUGGGCCGGGCUGAGUAUGGGCGGCUGGGCCUUGGCGAGGGUGCAGAGGAGAGGAGCAUACCCACCCUCAUCUCCAGACUGCCCUGUGUCUCCUCAGUGGCCUGUGGGGCCUCUGUGGGGUAUGCCGUGACCAAGGAUGGCCGUGUUUUUUCCUGGGGCAUGGGCACCAACUACCAGCUGGGCACAGGGCAGGACGACGAUGCCUGGAGCCCUGUGGAGAUGACUGGCAAACAGCUGGAGAACCGUGUGGUCUUAUCUGUGUCCAGCGGGGGCCAGCACACAGUCUUACUGGUCAAGGACAAGGAACAGAGCUGAUGAAGCCUAUGAGGGCCUGGCCCCCACCUUCCCUCACUGAACAGGGAAGCAGAGACAGCUCCAGAUUCCAGCAGCCUCUCCCCACCUCUCCCGAACACUGUCAUCUCCUGCCUUUUUCCCAUCAACAGAGCAGAAUCAUUCUUCUCUUUUUCGUCCUCCUUCCUAGAAUCAUCCUGCUGGGCCAGGGAUUUAGUCCAGUAGUUCAGGGGCCUGCCUCAAAAGCGCAAGGUCCCCAGUUCGAUCCCUGUUACCAAAAAAAAAAAAAGCAAUCACUAGAAUCAUCCUGCUACCUGCAGGAUGAAGCGGGGAGAGGAGGGGUUGUCAGAAGGAACAUUGCUUAACCUCACCACAGAUCUGUGUGGUUAGACCUUUUAUCCCACUUCCCUGACUCUGACUUUGCCUUCCACAAUACCAGGAUGCCCUCCUUUGGGAGUUUGGUGCCUGCACUCUGAGAAGUUGGGGCUCCACCAAGCCCCACACUGGUCACAUGCCACUCUUCCUGUUCUAACAGUCCCCAGGCAGACAGAUGGUUAUAGUCAUCAGACGCAGCUGUCAUGGACCGAGGCCUGGGGCAGCUGGAGAAGGGGCAGGGCUACAGAGCCAUGGGCAACCUCAAGCCAAAUAUUUGGCUCUGAACAGGUGUCCAUGGGGCAAGACAAUGAUUCACUUGAUGAAGAAAAAAGCCAACUACUGUAGCUGUUCUCCCAAAGCACAAAGUAUAGUCUGCCCAUCAGUGUCGUUUGUAUGGUCCCUGUCCAUUGGGCCUCACCUGCAGCCAAGGACCCCAGAGCCCCACUGUGCUGGGCAGAGAGAGGAUGGAGGUUUUAUACACAAAUGUACAGCAAUAUUAAGAGGCGAGGGAGGGGAAGAGGCUGCUCCCAAGAAAAGGAAGCAGCAAUCUGAACAGUGGCUGAGAAAAUAUUUUUAAUUUUUUUAAAUUGUAAAAUAUUUUGGGGAGGAGAGUGAGACCUUGUAACACUUUGAAUAAAAUUAGAGUUUUAUAAAAUAGGCCACUUAUUUUUCUACACACUUGCUGUUUUUUCAAGGCAGCAACCUACAUGUGCUAAGCAUUGUUGGGAAGAGCAAAAUAAGCGCAUGCCCCUGAUCUUGGUGUUACCUACAGCUCGAAGGAUGUCCCUGGUGCCUGUGGGUGCCUCCAACGCUCUUCAAAUCCAUCAGAAAGGAGAAAGGAGUUUGGAAUGCUUAUGCUUCAGGAAUCACUGGAGUAAAAAAGAAAAAAGAUGGUGCAGUAAUGCAAGAGAAAUGGGAUGGUUCUUUUAAUUUUCUAAACCAAGGUUUUUGAGUAUAUUAAAUCUUUAGAAAUGC